CCACAGAUGGGGCCUGAAGGGCGAGGGGCCCCGCUUACCUAGUGAAGUGUCGGCGAGGUCCGGAAGGAGACAGCGGGGUCGGGCGGAGGUCAUGGGAGAGGCCGAGGCUCCUCGGACAGUGCAAGAGUGUCCGAGCGGAAAGAAGACUGGAGGACGGCGGGAAGGGCGACCCUGGAGAUUUGAUGAAGCUGGAGGAUUUCUGGUAGGUCCUUUUUUAGGAUAAGAUGCUGUAACUGUUGAAACGCCAGUCUGCAUUGAUUCACAGACAGUUGGCUUUUCAGCUGGAAAGCCUUUUUUCCCCCCUUGCUGGUAUACUGAACUUAUGAAAUCAUGGCAGAAGGAGAGACAGAGUCACCUGGACCCAAAAAGCGUGGCCCCUACAUUUCAUCUGUCACUAGCAGGAGUGUGAACUUGAUGAUUCGUGGAGUGGUACUAUUUUUUAUUGGAGUAUUUCUUGCAUUAGUGUUAAAUUUACUUCAGAUUCAGAGAAAUGUAACGCUCUUUCCACCUGACGUGAUCGCAAGCAUCUUUUCUUCAGCAUGGUGGGUACCGCCGUGCUGUGGCACAGCCUCAGCUGUGAUUGGGUUAUUAUACCCCUGCAUUGACAGGCAUCUAGGAGAACCACAUAAAUUUAAAAGAGAGUGGUCCAGUGUGAUGCGGUGCGUAGCCGUCUUUGUUGGUAUAAAUCAUGCCAGUGCUAAAGUGGAUUUUGAUAACAACAUACAGUUGUCUCUCACACUGGCUGCACUCUCCAUUGGACUCUGGUGGACCUUUGAUAGAUCUAGAAGUGGUUUUGGCCUUGGAGUAGGAAUUGCUUUCUUGGCAACCUUGGUCACUCAACUGCUAGUCUAUAAUGGUGUUUAUCAAUAUACAUCUCCAGAUUUUCUCUAUGUUCGUUCUUGGUUACCGUGUAUAUUUUUUGCUGGAGGCAUAACAAUGGGAAACAUUGGUCGACAACUGGCAAUGGACUUCUUUACUGAAUCCAAGUUUGACCUUCGAAGGACUGUCAUGGAGUGUUCUCAGGAUCCACAUUUUCUUUCCUAUGGUAUCACAAAAAGAUGCUUGAUGCAUAAAAAACAAAAAGACCAAGAGGCUAGGUGCUCUCAAUAAGCCAUUUCAUUACUGUCGAAAGUACUAUUCCAACAGCAUUGGAGAAAAUGUAGUAAGGACACUGAUGGAUCCUUGCUGGAGUCAUGACGAUGAGAAAGACAUUCUCUCUCUCAGUCCCUCUGCACCUGUAGUGUGCAUGUGCGCACACACACACACACACACACACACACACACACACACACACACACCUUGCAAACUAUGCACUUGUAAAACAAGCUAAUCAGUGCUGGAACAGGCAAGCAAUCAAAUAAAUAAACAAAAGACAUUUUAAAGAAUGCCCCUGUUUUCUCACUGACAGGACACACAUUAACUUAGCAACAGCUGCUCUGGUGGGAAGACAUUUUUCUUUGGGUUGUCAACAAGUUUGAUCCCCCCCCCCCAACAGCAUUAUCCUAGCAUAGAUCUAGAAAAAUUCCAUUGUGAUAUCACUAUUUUAGCAGUUAACUAAAUAACUGGUGUAAUGCAGGAAGCAUUCUCUAUCCCUUUCCCAGUGGAAGGAUGGGGUUAUUUCACUUUUCCAAAAGGCCAUGAACUCUGCACAGAGAACACUACCAUCCCACAAAAUAGCAUACCUAGAAAGAAAUUUCCCAAAGGUAAUAACCUUUGAGUUGAGCUUUAAAUAAUGAAAUCUACCACACCUUCCACCCUGGCCAGUGCAUAUAUUGUGCUUAUAUAAGUAGCUUAAUACAUGGUUAUUAACUGAUUGAAUUAAUACACCCCAAAAAAGCAUACACAUAUAUAUUUAGCAUAAAGAUAAUGCCAGGCAUAUAAUGAAAAUGAAAGGGAAAGCAUGAAGGUUAUUCAAGGUUGGUAACAGGAUUAGAAAUGCUUCAUACUGAUUAAGCCAAGGAAGGUGAGGAGUUAAAUUAGCCAAAAAGGAUCAAAAGGCCAGAUGUGUUGGGCUGAAUCCAAAAGCUAUUCCAUGGGAUUGAAGAGGGAGAGAGAGGACUGUUGUUUGGAAACAAUGAGGACUAAAGAGCUCUAUGAUAUUUAAAAUCAUUUAUUCAAGUACUUACAAGAUGCAACAAAAAACUAAGAUUGCCCCAAUACACAAGGAACUCACCGUCUGCUGGAAAAGAUAAAUGUAAAAGCACACAGACUAGAAGAUGGUGAGGUAAGUGAUAAAACAGAGUAGACGUAGUAUUUUAUAUGCUUAUGCAGAAUGGCCAUUAACCCCAUCUGUCCUUAGGUAAGAAAGGGCUUCUGCUAGAGGUUAGCCAGGCAGAGGAUGUGAAACAAUGUUCCUGACAGAGGAAAUUACAUGCACAGGAGAGCCUAAUAAGUUAGGGCAGUGGUUCCUAAGUAUGACCACAUAUUAGAGCCACCUGGAGGACUUAAACACAAUAGUUACCAGUUUCCACUUCUGACUAUGACUGAAUAGCCUGCAUGAGAAUAUAUUUCCCAACAAAGCUUAUAUAACGCUCUAUAAAAUAAAAAAGCAGCUAACUCCUUGAAGCCAUUGGAGAAUAAUCAAAGCAGCCAGGCUUUGUGGGGCCAGAAUCCCAGAGAAAAGUCAGGCUCAAUAUUUUCUGGUGCUUUUAUUCUUAACAUGUUUGUAGAUUUAUAAGUAGAAUGGUACUGAGACUGAGCAGAAAGCACCAAAUCAGCUAGUCUCAUGGGACUAGCAAGACAAAAAUUGGCGCUCAGGGCUACUAAGGCAGCAGGGACUUGGAAGAUCAAGAGCCUGGAGAAAAGAGAAUCUCAGGGAGGUGAGCCCAGUAUUCUGUCUUGCUUUUAUCUUGAGGCAUUUGCCAAUAUUUCUAAGUUGUGUGGGGUAGCAUAGAGAGAUUAUAAAGCAACACAGAACUUUCUGCAGGCUCACAGUGCUGGGUGGACAAUUACUGGAGUUCGGGACACAACAAAGAAGAGGGCCUUAUAAAUAAUAAGGCUUUCAAUUAAGACCUAUAAAGACUAUACCCUGACACUAAAUGCACUCCAAAAAUGAAUCAGCCCUUAUGAAAACCAAAAAUCAAGUCUUGAAUGAUCUUGGUUAUUACUCAGACAAGGUGAUUUUUUUCUACUUUAACUGCCAGUCAGAAGAAAAUUAAAACCCCUAUGUAGGAAGAGAACAUAACUUAAAUCCUCUAUAAUUUAUUAUACAUAAGGUCCAGCUUUCAAUUAAAUAGCACUUGACAUGCCAGGUGGAAAAACAAGAAAAAGAAACAGAAUAGAAACAGACCCAUAGUAAUUCCAGAUAUUAAAAUUAUUUGGCACUGUCUUUAAUUGUGAUUAAUAUGUGCAAAAAGUAGAUGACAAGAUAGAAAAUUUCACAACUGGAAUCUGUCAAUAAGAAUGAAAAGGAAUUUCUUGAAUGAAAGCUGUAAUAACUGAAAUAAAUAACUCAAUAGACUUAACAGAACAAUAGACAUAUCAAGAGAAAUUAUUAGAAAAUUUAAGUGUAGGUUAGAAAAUAUCAGUUAGGUUAGAAAAAUCACAAAGAGGAAAAAAGCUGAAAAACACACAAUAAAGGGCAUAAGAGACAUCUGGGACAUGGUGAAAAGUUCCAGUCAUCUGUAAGUAUAAAUGCAGAAAGAGAAAAGAGAGACAGAAUUGGGGCAGAAGCAAUCUCAGAAGAGAUACUCUGAGAAUUUUCCAGAAUUAAUGAAAAUCAUCCAGUUACAAAUUCAGUAAACACAAUGAAGGCCAAAUAGAGUAAAUACAAAUAAAGCCCUACCCAGGAACAUCAUAGUCAACCUGCUCAAAAUCAAAGACAAAGAGAAAACCUUAAAAGAUGCCAUUUAAAAAAAGACAUCUUAUCCUUAAGGGAACAGCAAGCACUAAGACUUAUAGUUGACUUUUCAACAGAAAUGCUGGAAGCAAACAAAACAAACAGCAAAGGAGUUGCAGAUUUAUCAUGCUGAAAGAAAAUAUUCCCCAUUCUGAAAUUCUAUACCCAGCAAAAAUAUCCUGUAAAAAAUCAAAAUAAAAUGAAGCCUUUUUAUACAGCCAAGUUGAGAGAAUUUGCUACCAACUGACACACUAAUAGUAAUAUUGAAAGGAGUUCUUUAAGAAAAUAAUAAAUGAUCUCAGGUGGAAGUGCCGAAAUGCAAGAAGAAAUGAAGAACAGUACAAAUGUAAAUGUAUAAAUUAGAUGGAUAUUUAUUGUGUAUAACAACAACUACAAAAUCAUGUCUUUGGGAUUUAAAAAUGGAUAGAAUUAAAAUGUAUGAAAAUUAUAGCUUAGAAGUAGAAAUGUGAGUAAGUGGAGUGAAAGAAUUCUAAGGUUGUUGAAUUUUCUAGGAAAUACUAAAAGUGUCAAUCUAUAGCAGACUGUAAUAAAUCAAGAUAUACAUUUCUCAAAGUGUGAAUCCUGAACUGGCUGCAGCAGCAUCACCUGCAAACUUGUUAGAAAUGUAAUUUCUGGUUCCUCCCAGGCCUG